CCCUUUCUCAGUGAUCAACACUGUGCUUGCUUCACAAAUCUGUUCCUUCUCUCUUUCUCCAGGCUCUUCUACAAAGAUACAGGUCUCAGGUGUAGAACUGGACCCCUGGUGACUUCACGUCCACGUCGCGUUUUUGGUAGUGCGCAGAAGUGGUUUGUCUGUCUUCUUCCAGGAUAUUUAUAGUCCUGAGGUGUCUCACUGGUCUCCCAUCCAAGUUACUAAGCCCAGCCCUGCUUAGCUUUCUGAGAUCAGCCAAAGUCGUGCCCAGAUGGAAUUGAAACAAGACACCUUUGAAUGUGAGCUGUGUGGAUUAACCGCCCCCUACAGCUACUAUGGACAGCAACCUCCAAACGCCUACUCCGUCACCCUCCUGGAAGAUUGCUAUGUUAUAAAGGACCCGUUCACCCCCGAGAAGGACAGAAUCCUUAUCCUUGGAGCACAGUGCAGUCUGUGUCACAAGCGGGUGUGUGUUGGCCCGGACUGUAGCCUUUUCUAUUCCAAAAGGUUUUGCCUCCCCUGCGUGAACUCGCACAUAAACGAAUUUCCUUUGGAAAUAGAAGAAGAUUUGAAAAAAAAAGCACACUCAAAAUCUUCAAAAAAAGGAGAUUCCAAGGAUUUGAAGAAGGACUAGCCUGUUUUUACUGCCGGAUGUGCUUUUGUUAAAUGGAAUAAGAACAGUAUCUUUUUCAUCUCUCGUAGAAGAAUGGCGUUAUUUUGAUUCGUUGCAAAAUUCAAGCUUCCACCUUGUGCCUACCUGGCAGGAAAGCACGGCGAAGCAGGAGGGCUGGCUUUGAAAAUAAAUGUCCAGGGCCGCGUAGUUGAAAAAGGAAACAGGCCUGAAAUAAACUAGCCAAACCUGAUUUCUCUGUUCAGAAGGACUGAGAUAGAGGAAGGAAGAGUUUCGUCCUUGGUCAUUCAUAUUUCUGUUUUAAGUAGGGGCCGGCUUCAGACCAAUCCUUCUGCAGCUCCACCAGCUUCUGUGAGGUCCAGAUUCCACCUCCCAUUUCCCACGGAGGCCUGGAUUUGCUCCAUAGCUGCAGGAUACGGUCAAAAAAGUCACAAUGGCAGCCACAACAGUGCAAAGUCCAGCCUGGUUUUUACGUGCAUCGCCACCAUCUUGACUUUUUUGACCCCCCCUGCAGACCCCCAGGAUAGACCACUUUCUGCUACUCCCUUGUUGUGUUGCUCUGCAGCCCACAAUGGGUUGUCUGAAAUAAAAAAGGUAAGCUCGUUCUUCAGCCGAGCUUGAUGCCUACACCCAU